UCUAUCACUGAAACGACCUCGCUUGCCCCUAAAAAAAGGGGGCACGGAGUGGCAAUUGAUACACCAGGGUGCUUUUGGUUAAAAAAGCCAGCGGUAAGGGCGAAUGCAAGGAAGUCGCCAGACAAAUAAACAAAGGAUAAACAGUCACAGCACAGGCUGGGACUAGCGCGAUCCAAGUCUCCACGAGCGUCUGUGGAUUUUGUUCCCAAUAUCGUCUUCCCCUCUCCUUGGGAUGUCCGCAACCAACCCAUCCCUUCGCCUAUUCCCCUAUAUAUGUAGGAAACCAGAACUAUACAAUACAAUAGUAUGAAACCAUUAUUUAAAUCAUUCGUCUCCUCCAUCUCUCUGCGAGCAGCUAUGACUCCUUCCCUUUCCCCACCUACCAUAUUAUCCUAAACCUCCCUUUCUGUUGGUAUAAAUACACACUUAACCCAUCCCCCAUGCACUCAGUACACCCCUCCCCUCCCUUCUGCAAUCUCCUCUCCUCCCCACUCUAUCUCUCUGUUCUUCCUUCUCUAUCUAUAUCUAUAUUGGAGGACUGAGAUGAUAAAGGAGAUGGCAGGGAUUCAGUGCCAUACCAAGCCCACCAUCACCACAAGCCCACGCCUGAAGAUCUUCGGCUUCCACGUGUCCGAGGACGACGAGGCGGAGCACCAGUCCCCACCGAAGGCCGCGGCCACCUCCGACCCCUCCUCCACCAUCAACGGGGCCACGGUCGCCGGCGACGGGAGGAAGUACGAGUGCCAGUACUGCUGCCGGGAGUUCGCCAACUCGCAGGCGCUGGGAGGCCACCAGAACGCCCACAAGAAGGAGCGUCAGCAGCUGAAGCGCGCCCAGAUCCACCACAACCACCACGCCGCCGCCGCCACCGGACGCCGCUCCCCGACCGGAGGCCCGUACCACGGUAACCCCAUGGCCUCCGCCUUCGUCCCCCCUCCGCACCUCCUCUCCGCCGGCGGCACCGCCGCCACCCUCGUGGGCCCCACCUCCUCCCCUCCACCGGCAAGCAGCUGGGUCUACUACUCCCGGGCUGGCCGGCCCUUCCAACUGUCGCCGGCCUGCUUCGUCCCCUCCGCCGCGAGGCCGUCGCCGGCCUAUGCCUUCUACUCCCAGGCCGCGCCCGGGAUGUACGCCACCAGCCUCCGCUGCGACGACGGAGACCGGCCGGUCGACGAGCCCCGGACCGCUCGAUUCUCCGGUUCGACUCCGGAGGGAGGGGUAGGAGGGCCGCCGGACGGGGCGCCGGACGAGACGUACGGGCUGGACCUCCACCUCAGCCUCGCCCCCGCUCGCUCCUGACUCGGUCUCGACUCGGACCAUAGCGUGGACUGCGCUGGCUCGUAUCAUGAUACAUCUAUAAUAUGUUCUAUGGUGGAUUUGAUCCUGUAAAUUGCACCUUAUUUUUUGCUCUAAUUGCUACAAUUCUAAUUUUCUUCCAUUCAA